AUGGGGAAGAAGAAAGGUGGCAAGAAGGGCGGAGGAGGAGGGGACGACGACUUCUUUGCAGAUGGACCUCCAGCUGACAUUUCGGGCGACGAAGCACCAGCUCCUCAGCGCAAAAAUGCUUUCGCAGCGAUGACGAUCGACGAUGGUCCUGAAGAGGUGGAAGAGGAAGAGCCCAGACCCUCUACGAAUGGAAACGCAAAAAUAGGCGAAGAUGAUGAGGACGACUACGGAGGAGGCUUGAUGGCUCAGGUGAAAAAGAGCGCUGCUAACGCUAAGAAAGGAGGCGGCAAAAAGGACAAGAAGAGCAAAAAGAAGCAGCAGGACGACGAUGACAUAUGGGACCAGUUGGGUGAAGAUGUGUCGGGUAACGCAGUGAAGGAUAAUAAGGGUGAUGCCGAUGCCAUGGACGUCGACAAGGCUCCCGAGGCUGGGGAUGCUGCAGAGUGAGUCUCUUGUUGUUGCUGCUGCUGCUCUCCGGCCUAAGAAGGCAAACUCAAUGUGCAUACAUCCUUGCUCCAUCGACAGCGAAUUUCCAGACACCACAAAGUCAAAGAAGGGCACGAAGGGCGGUGCCGCCGCUAAGGAGGAUGACGAAGGCAAAGAUUCUGGCACUGCAACACCUGCUGGUGCAGAAGAGGAGCAGCCUGGCAGGAUACUGUCCAAGAAGGAGAAAGAGAAGCUCAAAAAGGAGAGAGAAAAGGUGCGGACGAGUAGCACAAAGCGCAGAGACACAUGCGCGCAUGUGUGCUGACCAUCUCCGACGCUCUUCCUUGAUCGUGACAGGCAAAGAAAAAGGCAGAGGCUGCUGCGAAACAGUCGAAUCAGCCCGAGUCAAAGGUGGACGACGAUGAAGCUGCUGUAGACCCUGCAGAGGAGCCCGAAGCGGUUUCAUCAGCUUCGAAGAACAGUCAGUGGAGCGCUAAUUGAAGAUGCUUGACGCAACGGGUUGCUGAUGCUGUCCUUUCCUUCGCCAUGUGUGCUCUGACAGAGAAAAAGAAGAAGGGAGGCGAUAAAGGCGCAGUGAGUGAAUGCGAAGCGGUACUCGCAGGCGAAUGUCGCUGACGAGGGGUCUGUCGAUCUGUAGGUGACCGAGCAAGUGCCUGCUGCAACGCCCACGACUCAAACGGCUGCGCAAGGCAAGAAGAAGCCCUCCGCCGCGCUCGCAGCUCUUCAGGCCCGUGUAGCCGCACAGAAGAAGGCAGAGGAAGAAGCUAGGUUAGUGAUGUGGCGCAACGUCGAGAGGACUAGUCUUCACUUGGCUAAUAUGGGCGCGAAUCGUGCGACUUUCCCCUCAGAGCGGCGGAAGAAGCUGCGAGGAAAGCUGAGGAAGAGGCCGAAAGGCUGGAGAAGGAGGAAGCUGAACGCAAAGAGGCUGAGCGUCUGGCGAAGAAGGAGCGCGAGAGAUUGAAGAAGGAGCAGCUCAAGAAAGAAGGCAAAUUCUUGACCCCGAAGCAAAAGGCCGAAAAGGCGGCGGCAGAGGCUCGGAUGCAGGCCAUGAUCAAAAGUGGGCAGAUCAAAGUGGACGGAUUGGAAGAUCGCGAAAAGGAUGAUGCUGCGAGCGCAGAAACCUCGCAACAGCAGAGAAAGUCGAAAGCAGUCGACAGCAGGAAAAAGAAGAAGGGACCUUCGGGACCUCCAAACAAGCUCGCUCCUACGCAGCAAGCCCAGCCCAGCCCUGCCGAGCAAGAACAACAGGCCACACGUGCCCCCGAACCCGAGCCUGAGCCCGUCAAGGCUGCGGAGCCUGAGCCUCCUGCCACCGAGGCCGCAACUUCACCUGCUGAAGACGUCAAGGAUGACUGGGACGCAAAUAGCGAUGUUAAGGAUGAUUGGGACGCCGAGAGCGAAGAUGAACAAGAGAAGGAGGCAGAGGCGAAGGCGGAGCUCAGCAAGGCAGGCGAAAAGUCGAAGGGAGUUAUAAAGCCAUGUGAGUACACGCUGGGGCUGCGAGACAUCCUCGGGUCGUGACAGCUGACGCGGAGGCGACUUGUUCGUGUCAGCCCCCGCUACCAAAGCCAAUGGCUCUGCCAAAGGUGGGCCUGCUGUCGCGGAGCGCAGCGCUGCUGAGGGAGCUCGCGCUGCUGCGCAAGCCGCUCGGGCAGCUGCAUCCAAAACCGCAGCGUCUGCACUUGCAGCCAAGAAGGCUGCUGAUCGCGAGAACAAGGGCAAAGAUGAUGCUGACAUUGCCAAGAGCUCCGAUGAAGACGACUCGGAUGAGGAUGACGACUCUGACGAUUCGGACGACGAUUCGGACGACUCCAGUGACGACGGAUUGACGGCUGUGCAAAGACAAGCUGCGCAAAAGAAAGCGGAACAGGAGCAGCGCAGAGAUGCGAGAAAAGCCCAGGCCCUGGCAGAACAGAGCAGGGAUAACCUCAGAAGCCCUAUCUGCUGCGUUCUUGGUCACGUAGAUACGGGUAAGACGAAGUUGCUAGACAAGAUCAGACAAACAAACGUCCAGGGCGGAGAAGCGGGCGGUAUUACUCAGCAAAUUGGUGCCACUUACUUUCCCGUGGAUGUGCUCAAAGAGAAGAUCAGACCAAUUGAUCCCGAUGACACACAGGUCUUCAAGACACCCGGGUUACUUGUCAUCGACACGCCGGGCCACGAGUCCUUUACCAAUCUGCGAACUCGAGGCAGCUCCCUUUGCAACAUUGCUGUGCUCGUUGUGGAUAUCAUGCACGGCCUUGAGCAGCAGACAUUGGAGUCUAUGCGAUUGCUGAAGGACAAGAGGACACCUUUCAUCGUCGCGCUUAACAAGGUGGACCGUCUGUACGGUUGGAACGCUACGCCCAACAACGGAUUCCAAGACAGUCUGUCGAAGCAGAACAAAGCUACGCAGAACGAAUUUGACACGAGAUUGAAAGCGACCAUGGUCGCGUUCGCCGAGCAAGGAUUCAACGCUGUGCCUUACUACGAGAACAAGAACUUCUCAAAGAAUGUCAGCUUGGUCCCCACGUCUGCACACACUGGAGAGGGUAUUCCCGACAUGCUUCGCCUCCUUGUGCAGCUCACGCAAGAACGCAUGGCUGCUUCGCUCAUGUAUCUCUCCGAGCUCGCCUGCACGGUCCUUGAAGUCAAGAUCAUCGAGGGACUCGGCACCACCAUCGACGUCAUUUUGUCCAACGGUGUGCUGAGGGAAGGAGACAAGAUCGUUCUUUGCGGUCUUGGUGGUCCGAUCGUCACCUAUGUUCGUGCUCUCUUGACACCCGAGCCUCUCAAGGAGAUGAGAGUCAAAGGCGCGUAUGUGCACCACAAGGAAGUCAAGGCCGCGCUAGGUGUCAAGAUCUCGGGUCCGGGUCUCGAAAAGGCCAUCAGUGGUUCUAGGCUGCUGGUCUGUGGGGAGGAUGAUGACGAGGAAGAGCUCAAGGACGACGUCAUGGCGGACCUGCAAGACCUGCAAAAAUGGAUCAGCACAUCUGGAAAAGGUGUUUGCGUACAGGCUUCCACUCUGGGAUCUCUUGAAGCCCUAUUAGAAUUCUUAAAGACGCAGAACAUCCCUGUCAGCGGUAUCGAAAUCGGACCGGUAUUCAAAGGCAGCGUCCGAAGAGCUUCGAUCAUGCUGGACAAAGGUCACACCGAGUACGCAGCGCUGCUGUGCUUCGACGUGGAAGUUCACAAAGAGGCCGAAGCGCUAGCAGCUGAGAUUGGCGUGCGAGUAUUCUCCCGAAUGACCAUCUACAACCUCGUCGAUGACUACAAAGUCUUUGCGGACCAAGUCGUGGUGGAUCGUCAAAAAGCUGCUGCUGGCACGGCCGUCUGGCCUUGCAAACUCAAGAUCUUGGCCGCUUUCGCAAAGAGGGAACCGAUCAUUCUGGGCUGCGAAAUCUUGGACGGCGAUCUGAGAGUUGGGACGCCGCUUUGCGUCGUCAAGACGCACGCGGACACGAAGAAGAAGGAAGUGGUCACGUUGGGAAGAGUGACUUCGCUCGAGAUUAACAAGAAGCCCAAGGAUCAUGUGACGAGGAAGGAACAAGGUGCUGGUGUGGCAGUCCGCAUCGAGGCGGGCCUGAACGAUCAGAGCAAAAUCUUUGGAAGGCACUUUGACGAAAAGGUGAGCAAAGGUUUCAAAUUUUUGCUGGCGCUUUGAAUUUUCGACUGACCGAUGAACCCUCUCGGAUCCGCCGGACGCUCAGGACGAGGUGUAUUCCCUCAUCUCUCGUAAUUCCAUCGACGCUCUCAAGGACCACUUUUGGGAGCAGGUGUCCACUGACCAAAAGAAGCUCAUCAAGAAUCUCAAGGCGCUUUUGGGCAUUCCCUGA